AUGAGGAAUGCCGCAGUGAGAGACACCGAUGUUCACUGGUACCGGAAGCUACCAGAGAAAGAUAUGGAGUGGGUUUUGACUCAUGAUAUAAAGAACAAGACACAACGGAGUCCAGGUUUCACUGAGCGUUUCCAGCCUUUCAGAGACACCUCCAAUAACAGUUUCAUUCUGACAAUCACCAACGUCCAGCCCAGUGACACUGCCGUCUAUUAUUGCAAAGUGUGGGGAGAUAUCAGUGGGAAUGGAACACGGCUGAAUAUAACCAGUCCAUUGGCUGAUCCCGUCCUUCUCCAGUAUCCAAAUGCUAGCAAGGUGCCAGAGGGUGAGACUGUCGAGCUACAAUGUGCCAUGUACAAUGCCAGUGUGAAUGAUACCGAUGUCCACUGGUACCGCCAGAGACCCGGGUACAACAGCGAGUGGGUGUUGAGCCAGUUUGUGAACGGCACUAUUACCAAGUCCCAGGGUUUCCACAGCCAUUUUCAGCUUUCCAGGAAUGUCAGCAGCAACAGUUACAUUCUGACCAUUGUGAACGUGACCCUCAGUGAUACUGCUGUCUACAAUUGCAGCGUGUGGAGCUACAUCUAUGGAGCAGGGACACAGCUCAAUGUAACUGAUGCAAAUGCUCCAGUCCUUAUCCAAUCUCCGAGUCUGGAACGUGUCACAGAGGGUCACACUGCACAGUUACAGUGCACCAUGAGGAAUGCCGCAGUGAGAGACACCGAUGUUCACUGGUACCGGAAGCUACCAGAGAAAGAUAUGGAGUGGGUUUUGACUCAUGAUAUAAAGAACAAGACACAACGGAGUCCAGGUUUCACUGAGCGUUUCCAGCCUUUCAGGGACACCUCCAAUAACAGUUUCAUUCUGACAAUCACCAACGUCCAGCCCAGUGACACUGCCGUCUAUUAUUGCAAAGUGUGGGGAGAUAUCAGUGGGAAUGGAACACGGCUGAAUAUAACCAGUCCAUUGGCUGAUCCCGUCCUUCUCCAGUAUCCAAAUGCUAGCAAGGUGCCAGAGGGUGAGACUGUCGAGCUACAAUGUGCCAUGUACAAUGCCAGUGUGAAUGAUACCGAUGUCCACUGGUACCGCCAGAGACCCGGGUACAACAGCGAGUGGGUGUUGAGCCAGUUUGUGAACGGCACUAUUACCAAGUCCCAGGGUUUCCACAGCCAUUUUCAGCUUUCCAGGAAUGUCAGCAGCAACAGUUACAUUCUGACCAUUGUGAACGUGACCCUCAGUGAUACUGCUGUCUACAAUUGCAGCGUGUGGAGCUACAUCUAUGGAGCAGGGACACAGCUCAAUGUAACUGAUGCAAAUGCUCCAGUCCUUAUCCAGUCUCCGAGUCUGGAACGUGUCACAGAGGGUCGCACUGCACAGUUACAGUGCACCAUGAGGAAUGCCGCAGUGAGAGACACCGAUGUUCACUGGUACCGGGAGCUACCAGAGAAAGAUAUGGAGUGGGUUUUGACUCAUGAUAUAAAGAACAAGACACAACGGAGUCCAGGUUUCACUGAGCGUUUCCAGCCUUUCAGAGACACCUCCAAUAACAGCUUCAUUCUGACAUUCACCAACGUCCAGCCCAGUGACACUGCCGUCUAUUAUUGCAAAGUGUGGGGAGAUAUCAGUGGGAAUGGAACACGGCUGAAUAUAAUCAAACAGCCUGAUAAACAGUCACUGCAUGUCAGCAGCGUUAUAGCUUGCUCUGUGGCAUUCGUCCUCUUACUCUGCAUCCUAAUAAUUACAAUAAUCUGCAUGAAAAAAUGGGCAUGUUUUCAAAGCAGGUUAAAACUGGAAAGUUUGACUAGGACCUCUGCUGAAGAAGUAAACACAGUGUACGCGUCAGUCUACGGUAAACUGCAGGAUAACAAUCAGGAGGAUGCCACCUCUACAGUGUUAGAUGAAGGGGAAUUGUAUUACGCUGAUAUUCAGUUCUUGCGACAGAAAACCGGAAACCCGACUUCAAUAAUCGCUGAGGAGAAAACGAUAUACGCUGCUGUCAAAUACAAGCAGUGAAUGGAAAUCAAUUCUUUAGCAACCACAAGUGAUUUGAUGAAGGGCAGUGUUAGCUCUUAACCCAGCAGGACUGGGUCUAUAGAUCUCCACAAUAGUUUAUUGGUAUCUUUGCUUAACAAUUGUUACUUUGAAUUCACCUAAUAGUGCGGAUUCCUGAUGGACAGAAACCUCAGGUUAGUAAGGGAAAUGCACACCGCUGGGACCCUGUCCCAGACCAGGGAGGCCAGUGAACAGCACUGGGACCCUGUCCCAGGUUAGUGAGGCCAGUGCACAGCACUGUGACCCUGUCCCAGACCAAGGAGGCCAGUGCACAACACUGGGACUCUGCCCCAGGUUAGUGAGGCCAGUGCACAGCACUGGGACUCUGCCCCAGGUUAGUGAGGCCAGUGCACAGCACUGGGACCCUAUCCCAGACCAGGGAGGCCAGUGCACUCCACUGUGACCCUGUCCCAGUUUAGUGAGACCAGUGCACAGCACUAGGACCCUGUCCCGGGUUAGUGAGGCCAGUGCACAGGGCUGGGACCCUGUCCCAGACCAGGGAGGCCAGUGCACAGCACUGGGACGCUGUCCCAGACCAGGGAGUCCAGUGCACAGCACUGGGACUCUGCCCCAGGUUAGUGAGGCCAGUGCACAGCACUGUGACCCUGUCCCAGACCAAGGAGGCCAGUGCACAACACUGGGACUCUGCCCCAGGUUAGUGAGGCCAGUGCACAGCACUGGGACUCUGCCCCAGGUUAGUGAGACCAGUGCACAGCACUGUGACCCUGUCCCAGACCAGGGAGGCCAGUGCACUCCACUGUGACCCUGUCCCAGUUUAGUGAGACCAGUGCACAGAACUAGGACCCUGUCCCGGGUUAGUGAGGCCAGUGCACAGGGCUGGGACCCUGUCCCAGACCAGGGAGGCCAGUGCACAGCACUGUGACCCUGUACCAGGUUAGUGAGGCCAGUGCACAGAACUAGGACCCUGUCCCGGGUUAGUGAGGCCAGUGCACAGGGCUGGGACCCUGUCCCAGACCAGGGAGGCCAGUGCACAGCACUGUGACCCUGUACUAGGUUAGUGAGGGCAAUGCACACCGCUGGGACCCUGCCCCAGGUUAGUGAGCCCAGUGCACAGCACUGGGACCCUGUCCCAGACCAGGGAGGCCAGUGCACUCCACUGUGACCCUGUCCCAGUUUAGUGAGACCAGUGCACAGCACUGUGACCCUGUCCCGGGUUAGUGAGGCCAGUGCACAGGGCUGGGACCCUGUCCCAGACCAGGGAGGCCAGUGCACUCCACUGUGACCCUGUCCCAGUUUAGUGAGACCAGUGCACAGCACUGUGACCCUGUCCCGGGUUAGUGAGGCCAGUGCACAGGGCUGGGAUGCUGUCCCAGACCAGGGAGGCCAGUGCACAGCACUGUGACCCUGUACCAGGUUAGAGAGGCCAGUGCACAGCACUGGGACCCUGCCCCAGGUUAGUGAGGCCAGUGCACAGGGCUGGGACCCUGUCCCAGACCAGGGAGGCCAGUGCACAGCACUGUGACCCUGUACUAGGUUAGUGAGGGCAAUGCACACCGCUGGGACCCUGCCCCAGGUUAG